UAUAACAUACCUAAAAAAAGCACACCAAAAUUAGAAAACCCUACUAAAAAAAGACCAAGAAAAAAAACAAAAAAGAAACUAGUGUCAAAAAAAACAAUUGUAUUGUUUUAUCACACAAUGGCAAAAUUAGCUAAGAUAACCAAUGGGAAGAAAAAGAUGAACAAGAUAGUGAAUUUGAAAAUUGUGGUGGAGAAAUUACAAAGGAGUCUUUCAAUGGUUAGGAGAUUGGGAGCGGAAUUCGAUAGUCAGCAUCAGCAUAACCAAUCAGAUCAAAAUGACUCCUCGAAUAACGUGCCCGAGGACGUUAAAGAGGGUCAUUUUGCUGUUAUUGCUGUUGAUGAGGAUGAAUUGAAGAGAUUUGUUGUGCCAUUGAAAUGUUUAACACAUCCUUCAUUUUUAAAAUUAUUGGAACAAGCUGCUGAGGAAUAUGGAUUUGAUCAUGAUGGUGCACUUACAGUACCAUGCAGGCCAAGUGAAUUUGAGAGAAUUUUGAGACAUGAACAAUCAAGUAUGUUGAGAAGUUGUUAAACACAAAUGGAACAAAAAAAAAACUAAGUAAUUUUAGUUUAAUUUGCUUCCCAUCUUAUCAUCUUAUCCCUAAAUUAUAUAUUAUGAAGCAUGAGUCAUGUUGUAGCACUUGGUAAGAAUUCUUGAUCAAGACGUAUUACGGUUUUUCAUAUGAGAAAUGGAGUGAAGUGAUUGCAGUACAGACUUGACCUAGAACGAAGUACUAAUGAAAAAUCACUCUAUCUUUUAUUUUUUAUCGUUAUACGGGGAUCGGGAUAGAGGGAUAAUUGAUCAUCCCUUAGGAUGAUAAUUUCUAUUUCUUGAUUAUCCCACCAAGUUACAACUUUGGUUAAUUAAUGAUAUAUAAUUACUUUUUUUCUUCACCAUGGUUGAGUUGUUGCAUGCAUUACAUGUACAUUUUUUUUAAUAUGUUGUUAUACUAUUUGAGUAUAUAAUGAAGAUUUACUUUAUU